AAAAAAUCAAAAAAAAAAAAUAUCUUGUAAUGGAACCUGGUGACCCUGGUGUAGGUUCUUACUACCACCACCAACAACCACCGCCACCACAGCGCUACUCUCACCACCAACAACCGCCAUCACAACCUCCGGCAGCCACCACAAAUGCAAUACUACCAAAUACCAUCACCGAUACUGGUCCCCCUCAAAUGCUAUAUCCUCGCAACUCUGUCCCAUCUGCCGUCUCUUCUCCGACCGGCGUCCGGAGGAAGAGAGGGAGACCCAGAAAGUAUAGCACGCCGGAACAAGCGGCGGCGGCCAAGAGACUCUCCUCCUUGUCUUCUCCGUCUGCAAUUGUUCCACCCUUGUCUUCUUCAAGUAAAAAUGAUGUAUCUAACGCUGUUGGGGCCUCCUCUUCUUCUUCCAAGAAAUCUUCUGCUGGGAAUGCUGGGCAAGGUUUCACGCCUUAUAUCAUCACUGUCACUGCUGGAGAGGAUAUUAACCACACAAUAAUGUCAUUCAUGCAACAAAGCAAGCAAGAGAUAUGUAUCAUCUCAGCAUCUGGUGUGAUCUCUAACGCAACUCUACGCCAGCCAGCCACAUCUGGGGGUAACAUUACUUACGAGGGGCGUUUUGACAUACUAUCACUAUGUGGAUCUUUUGUACGUUCCGAUUUCAGAAGCAGCAGCAGCGGUGGCUUAAGUAUCUGUCUGUCUAGUAAUGACGGCCAAAUCAUAGGAGGCGGAGUUGACGGACCACUGAUAGCUGCAGGGCCCGUGCAGGUAAUCCUUGGUGCAUUUGUUAUCAGUGGUAAGAACGCUGCUAUGUUUACAAAAGAUGAUGCUUCUGUUGGGCCAUCAAGUUUGGGGUUCCCAUCAGCACCUGAAUCUUUUGCAAGAACUUCCAUGGUUGGCAAUGAUGGUAAUCAUCAAAAUAGUCACGGGUAUCCAUUUAUGAUCCCAAAUGGCGGCAUGCCCGUGACAACUGACUGGAGGAAUAACAACGAUUCAAGAAGCGCUCCUGGUUUCAACUUCUCAGGAAGAUUGAAUCAUGGAGCAAAUCAUUCUCCGAAGAAUGGGGAUUACGAUCGUUUUCAAGGUUGAGAUUUCAAGAAUGGUUGUGUUUUAACAGGCAUUUUGUUUGAAUUUGGGGGGAGUUGCAACACAAAUCCUGAACCACUGUACAGUUAGUUAACCAGCAACAUAACCCCCUUUGAAAAGGACUCCAAUGUUUUGAUUUGCAUUUGCUAUAGUUUGUUAAAUUAUUGGAUUAACAUAUAUUCCUUUCACCCUUUUGUAAAAAGUUUGCAACAUGAUUUAUUAUAAACUGGAGAAAUGUUAGUGCUGAUUUAUUGGU